UUUGAGAGAGUUUAAUUUCUACCUAAGGCAGACACUAUUUUUUAUUACCAUGGUAUUGUCUCCUAGACUUUCAUAAAGAGCCAUGGACACAAACAAUGGAAGUUCAAUAACAGAUUUCAUCCUGCUGGGGUUUUCUGAUUGGCCCCAAUUAGAACACAUCAUCUCUGGGAUUGUCUUCAUCUUCUAUAUUGUGACUCUGGUAGGAAACACAACCAUCAUCCUUGUAUCUAACCUAGACAGCCAGCUCCAUACUCCCAUGUAUUUCUUCCUAUCCAAUUUGUCUUUUCUGGAUCUCUGUUAUGCAACUAGCAUCAUCCCACAGAUGUUGGUUAAUCUAUGGGGUCCAACAAAGUCUAUUACCUAUGGAGGAUGUGUGCUCCAAUUCUUCUUUGCCCUUGACUUGGGAGCUACAGAAUGUCUUCUCUUGGCUGUGAUGGCCUAUGACCGCUAUGCUGCUGUUUGUCAACCUCUUUACUACACAAUAAUAAUGCACCCUCAGCUUUGCCAGAAGAUGGUGCUCACCGCCUGGUUAGGUGGUCUUGGUAGUGCCUUCAUUCUUUGCUCCUUGACUUUGAAGUUGCCAAGAUGUGGGCACAGGGAGGUCGAUAAUUUUUUCUGUGAGAUGCCAGCCUUGCUCAAGAUGGCUUGUGUCUACUCAAAAGUAAUGGAGGCCAUCGUCUUUGCUCUUGGAGUGAUAUUACUUCUAGUACCUCUAUCACUAAUUCUCAUCUCCUAUGCAGUUAUCACUCAAGCUGUCAUGAGGAUCAAGUCAGUGGCAAGGUGGCGUAAGGUUCUUAAUACAUGUGGUUCCCACCUCACAGUAGUAACUCUUUUUUAUGGAACAAUCAUUUAUAUGUACAUGAAGCCACAGAACAGCACAUCCCAAGACGAGGGGAAAUUCCUUACUUUCUUUUACACAAUCGUCACACCCACCCUUAACCCUCUGAUCUAUACUUUAAGAAACAAAGAUGUAAAAAGUGCAGUAAAGAGAAUACUCAGGAAAUAUAACAGAUUUUCUUGGCAAAAUCCCUGCUUUUGUAAUGCCAUAGAGCUGCACCUGCUUAUGGAUGGGGGUGCCAUAGAGCUUCCCAGUCUGGGCACCAGUAUAGGAACAAAGACACAGUCUGAGGGCAGCAAACCCUGGCACCCGUUAUGUUUUGUGAUUUACCAUAAACUGGGAACCGCCUCUGCUGCACCAUCACAUGACAGCUUGCUGGGACAAGCCGGUACUGACAGCACAGCCAACCCUCCGCCAGGGUAUCUGCAUGGUUCCCAGCCAGGAGUCUGA